UGAAUGAAUCGUCCAAAAAAGUUGAAGCUGGUGAAAGCAGUUUGACCCCUCCCCAUCUCCCUACUUGGUACUUCGCUUUGCACACAUCACAUGCUUUCUCUCACUCUCUCUCCUCUUUUCUUCUCCCUCUGUUGUUCUUCUCUCUAAAUGCUCUGUAUUGUGUCAAGCCAAAAAUGGAAGAUUUACUCCAUUAACGACGAGAUCCUUCCCUAAUUAUCGAAUCAACAGGAACCAUGAAAUCUUUACUGGGUUGUCAGUAGUAGAAAAAUGUUACGGAAUGUAAUAUUAAAGGGAUGAUUUUGACAGCUAUUGAGUAGUUAAUCCGCAUCUGUAGACAGCUUUUGAUAAUGAAAUGGUAAAGGAGGGUCCCUACUUCUUGAAGGAUCAUGCCCCCACAAACUCAAUGAACGGAAAUUAUUGGUUUUCGUGUUUAGCGUCUGUAUGGAGCGUAAUGCAAAGCCAUCAUUGCAGUGGGAGUGGGAUAAUUUAAUAUCUUUUGGUACUUCAUCAGCUGAAAUUCCUAGAAAGCAACGACCAAUGGAUUGGGAAAAUGAUGGGUUUGAUUGCACCACUUUUUACUCUUCCAGUUUUGCUACAGUAGCAGCUUAUGGUGGUAGUUCAGGUGGUUCUGAUCUAGCUCAUGCUUUCUCUAAAAGCUCAAAGUCAACUUCCAUUAGCUCUUCAUCAGCUGAAGUCAGAACACACAAUUUCACAUCAGAAGCUGGUGAAAGUCUUCCUCCUGGGAGCAGUGAAGAGUUUGCAAUGGGAAUUGAUACUUCUCCAAGUCUUGAACUUUCCUUUGGCUCUGAUGAUCCGGUUCUUGGUUUGAAGCUGGGUAAGAGAACAUACUUUGAAGACUUUUGGGAAGUGGAGAAUGCCAAAGGUUCUGCACUUCCGGUGGUGAGCCUGGCCUCAUCUUCUGCUUCUCCGGUGAAGAAAUCCAAACCCGUUUCUCACAAGUUACAAGCUCCUCACUGCCAAGUCGAAGGCUGUAACCUGGAUCUCUCCUCAGCUAAGGACUAUCAUCGGAAACACAGGAUUUGUGAAAACCAUUCAAAGUUCCCUAAAGUCGUUGUUAGUGGCGUAGAACGCCGGUUCUGCCAACAAUGUAGCAGGUUUCACUGUCUCUCUGAGUUUGAUGAGAAGAAACGUAGCUGUCGCCGGCGUCUCUCAGAUCACAAUGCAAGACGUCGCAAGCCAAAUCCCGGGAGAACAUAUGAUGGGAAGCAACAGAUGGAUUUUGUGUGGAACAGAUUUGCACUCCUCCAUCCAAGAAGUGAAGAAAAGUUUCUAUGGCCAAAUCCAAAGCCUGUACCAUCAAGAGGGUUAUUGCAGGAACCUGCAAAGACCGAGAUGCCCAAUAAGCUAUUCACCGAGCAAUGUGGAUUUGGAUUGUUGGACCCCAAAACGAAAGCCACGAGAGCUGAGUUAUUCAGUAAAGAUUUUUUAGAAAAGGUCACAAUCUCUUCACACAUGGGUACUUCUCAAGAUCUUGAUGGUGCUCUCUCUCUUCUGUCAAAUUCAACACCAUGGGUUUCCUCAGACCAGCCAAGACGGUUUUCCCUUAACCACCAUUCCACAAGCAACCUCCAACCUGUGGUUCACGGGUCUGUGAAUCAACUCAAUUCAGUCUCCAGCUAUUGGCAGCCGGAUCCACCAGCUGUUGAGGGCUCAACCGCGUUGCCUAGGAACGGGGAAGGCCAGUAUAAUGAGAACUACAGCUUGAAUCAGUUUUAUAACUGAAAGUGUAUUGCCUUAAAUCAUAAUAAGAUAUUUUGUGUGAGGAUCAGGCGAGCCUAGUAGUAACGUUAAGAUAGGAGCUGUGAAACUUGUUUUCUGUGAAACUUGCUAAUCAAUUCCCUUUUUUUGUGUCAGCAAUAA